AUUUCUCUUGCUGACGUGGCAAUUCAAACUUUUUUAGUUCUCUCUGUCCUUCGCUCUGCCCAUCUUAAUUCUUAUAGAGUGUUGAGCCAAAAUCAAGAAAAACCCAAAUUGUAGGCUAAACGACGAAACGCAUGAUCAAAAAUCAAAGGAAAAAUAUAAACCUUGGCCUUCAACUUAGAUCAAAGUUCUUGAACUCUUCCCUUCAACCACCCUUCAUAACAUAGAAAAGCACAGGAAAGAGAGGACAAGAAAGAAAAAGCCGAAAAGGCACUUCUGUUCUGUUAAAGGAACAGGGGAGAAAACAGAGGAAAAGGAAAAUUUACCUGCUAGAAUGUCGGAACUGAAAGACCCGGAGAUUAAGCUGUUCGGGAAGACGAUAUCAUUGCCACAGAACACCUCCGUUUCGAGCUCUGUUCACGCUGAUCAUCCUGAUGAUCGUCAAAGUUCUUCAAAUACAGCUGCUUCUGAAGAUAAGAAGAAUACCUUAGGAGAAGAACUUGCUGAGAAUAAACAAGAAGAUGAUUUAUCCAAUCCAACUGCUGAAGAGUUGACCGAGCGAGCAUCAAUAUCUGGGAUAAGUGAUGACCAUAAGACCUCCUCUGCUGAGAAUGAAACUUUGUCACCCAAAAAUACGAAUGAGGAGCUAGGUGACAACAAUUCCUCCCAAGAAAAGACACUGAAGAAGCCUGAUAAAAUACUUCCGUGUCCAAGAUGUAAUAGCAUGGAUACCAAGUUCUGUUAUUACAACAAUUACAAUGUCAACCAGCCUAGACAUUUCUGCAAAAACUGUCAGAGAUACUGGACUGCUGGUGGAACGAUGAGAAAUGUACCUGUUGGUUCUGGUCGCCGCAAGAAUAAGAACACCUGCCCCUCCAGUUACCGUCAUAUAAUGGUUUCAGAUGCUCUCCAAGCAGCUCGAGGUGAUGGUGCAAAUGGGCUUCACCUCCCAGCACUGAAGGCAAAUGGCACUGUCCUCACAUUUGGUUCAGAAAGACCGCUUUGCGAAUCCAUGGCAACUGUGUUGAACCUUGCGGAGAGACCCCGUAACCAUCUUCCAAACGGAUUUCAUGUACCUGAACAAAGAUUCUCUAUCCCUUGUGGAGUGAGAGAAAUUGCAAAAGAUCGUUCAACUGGAUCUUCUAGCACGAUCUCAAAUUCAACGGAAAAAGGGGGCAGUGUUGAAUCAGUUUCAAAUAAUUGUCAGGGAUAUAUUCAAGCCGUACCACCCUUUUCUGGCCCUCCUUGGCCGUAUCCUUGGAAUUCCGCUCAAUGGAGAAGUCCACUACCUCCACCUGCACUUAGUUCUCCUGGUUUCCCUAUAUCAUUUUAUCCAGCACCACCUUUCUGGGGUUGUGCUGCACCGACCCCAUGGAAUUUGCCAUGGCUAUCUCCGGCGCCUUCGUCUCCAGAUCAUUCUGCCCUGAGUGCUACUCCUACAUCCCCUACAUUAGGAAAACAUACGAGGAAUGGGAACGUUCUUAGUCCUACAAAUCUACUCAAAGAAGAAGAGACUUUUGACAGGAAAAAUGCAGAGGGCUCCAUUUUGAUUCCUAAGACAUUGAGGAUUGAUGAUCCAAACGAAGCUGCAAAGAGCUCUAUAUGGUCAACGCUAGGAAUUAAGAAUGAGAAGAGCGAAUCAAUCAACCGAGGAAGUCUGUUCAAGGCCUUUCCUUCAAAGGGUGAUCCAAAGAAUCGUGUGGCCGAUACUUCACUGGUUCUGCAAGCCAAUCCAGCAGCCUUUUCCCGGUCACAGAGCUUCCGUGAGAGCACAUAAUAAGAUUAAAACUUCACUGAAGUUUUUCGAUGAUGGCAGGGAGGAUGAAACUUAAGUUUUACACCUUAACUUAUAGCAACUGCUGGAGAGAAUCUUACCCACUUCUAUAAGUGCAGAAAAUGUUGCAAUAUAUUCGGUCAUCUGACUGUAGUGCAGGAAUCGGUUGAAGAUGUUGUUAAAGUCAAGAGGAAGAGCAGAUAGAACUCUUGCAGAGGAGCUAUCAGCAAAAGUUUCAGCUUCCCACUUUUUAGUCAACCUUUCUUGUAACGGUACAAAGAGUUCCUUCUAUGAUGUUUAUGCCUGUCACUUGCAAGUGAGUGUAAAUUGUGUAUCGGUACAUACAAAACAAUAAAGCAGCAGGAAAUAAGAAAAAUUCCUGAUGUAGCAAACCAUCGGGACAAAGAUCGACCCUAAAA